GGUUAUUUAUAUCACACUUGCGUUGCAAUGCUACUAUCACGGGCCGGGGCGCUGAAGAGGUUCUCGGCCGCGCCUGCCUACAACUUGACAGCACAGCGAUUCAAAAGCUACUACGAUGAUUUCAAGGACCGCCUCAAGCCGGGGAAGUACACCCAAGGUCGCUGCCCUCAGAGUGAAGGUGAUUAUCGCCAGGAGUCCAAGACUAUCGGGAGAGAGCAUCUCAACGAUGAUGGUACUCGCAGUAAGAGGUACACCGUCAAGGAAGCUGAUGCCCUCGGUUACCAUUACCACCCACCGAUCGAUAAAAAGGGUCAGGUGUACGUAAAGGGGCCUAACACGGUCCAUGAAAGAGGUCAGACUUGGAUCAAAGGCUACGAACUGCCCAGCAUGGAAUAUACUUAUGGUCCCAAGCAGGAGGACAUCCCUUUCUACCCUAGGGUCAAAUUGAACGUCUGGGGCAACUACAACCUCGUUAUGAAGGUGGAGUUCUUGUUCUUCUAUUUGCCCACUAUCAUAGUCUUUGGGAUUUGCAUUCCUGUUUAUACCAUCAAUUUCGCACAGGAGGAAGUCAUUUACACGACAAUGACCGUUAAGGUCACUGGGAGGCAAUGGUAUUGGGUAUACGAAGUCGAGUCCCCAACCGACGAGGAAGAGGAGGACGAAGAUGACGAGGAUGAUGACGAUGAGUGAUGGAGAAGGCAGUCUUAGUGGUUGCUGUCGUUAUUGAACAUCUUGAGGCGCGAGCCCAUGAAAAUCAUGAUGAUCUUGAUGAUUUUGCUUUUGUGAAUGAUAGCGGUUUGUUGAACAUUUCGAGCUGAUACCAUUCACAUUGUCGUAGACAGGUUGAGGUUAUUUUUCGA